AAAUUAUUGGCCACAUAACAGUGCGGAUUGCAUUCAAAAUAUUAUGCUUUACACACAGUGCAUAAUAUAUUAGACAUGGGGAACCCUUCAGCAUGUGCUGUGCAGAUCAGAAGAUUCCUGUAUUUUUCCGUCGGAGGAAAUGCAGUGCUUUUAGUCGUGCUAAUAAUUUUAUACUUUUAUCAAAACCAUCUAAUGCAGAGGAAUAGUGAUUUUUCGCAGACUCUUUCAAAAAAGACAACAGAACCAGAACAUUUCUCAAAACAUCCAAAUAUAACUGUGGUAGAUGAUACAGUGUGUUUAGAAUGUAAUUAUCUUGGAAAAGACGUAAAGGUGGAAGAAACAUUGUAUACCAACAUAAGUUAUUCAGACUGCGGAACACGGUUAUGUUGUUUACGAGACAAAAGCAUAGCUAAACUUCUGCAACAGAUAAUGAAGAUUCGUGAAGCCGAUGUAGAUAACGAAAAAGAUUCAGAAUCUUUGUCUUGGUGGAGGGAAAGACCGAAUUCCGCUCACCUGUAUUUGAAUGACUGGGAUCGAAGUCGUCUGCUCUGGACGGAAGUAAAUAGAACCGCAUCUGCUUUCUGUAAUCUCCAAAUCAAAGACAACCACAAACUUGUCAUCAAAGAACAGGGGUUCUACUUCGUUUAUGCCGCUUUAGUUUUUGAUUUUGGAAAAAUUAAGAAAGUUCCGCAAAUUUACUAUAACAUCACUAGCCUUUUUCCUCCCGCGCCCCACUUUUCGCCUUUUCUUGUGAUGGGUAAGUAUGGCGGAUCCAAGUUUUCCGAUAGACAACACACAGGGUAUUUGAGUGGAAUUGUUAAACUUUAUCCAUCUCACCAGAUUUCUGUUUCCAUCAAUGACCACAGGUUUAUUAAUCCCACUGCGUAUGGAAACUUUUUUGGAAUAUUCAAACUUUAAAGUUUUUCUUUUUCAUACGGCAGGUGUAAUUUUUCGAUUUGCUUUGUUUUGUUUUAUUUUUUUUAAUCAUUUGAAUGGUUACAAAUAUAC